AUGGCGGGCUGCGGCCGCACGUCUUUCAGCGACAUGGUCGAGAUCGUCCAGUUCGACGCGGAGGACGUGGUCAGCAGCCACGACAGUUCCCAGUCCGUGGGCAGCACAGGCCCACCGUGCUCGGCGAAGCUGCAAUCCUGCUCGUGCCCAGUGGAGAUGGUCGUCCUGGGCGGCCGCGUCCCUGGGCGGCUCCUGCAGCAGGCGCCAAUCGCCCGCGCGGCGAUCUCCUGGGGCAGCUCUUGCAGCGGCGUGCCGGAGGCCGCCAGCCCGCCCGGCGGCGAGUGCGCCGCCCCGGACGGCGACGACGCGCAGGAGGCGCCCGACGAGAGCGCCCUCGCGAAGGCAGCCCAGAGGCGGCGCAUCCGGCGCAGCGUCACCGCGAACCAGGGGCCAGGGCUUCCCCAGCACGCCUUGUCGCCCGUGACGAUGUCGAGGAUCCUGUCGCGGCGCCUCGGGUCGGCUCUCAGUGGGGUCGGCUCGGGCAGCGCGGACGGCUGCAUCGAUUGCUCUGCCGAGUGA